UACAGCAAAAGAAAAAAAAUCCAAUAUGGCGGACAGAAUGAGGCCUAAUCGGCGACCGAGGCGACAUUUUUACUAACAGACGAGCGAGGCUUUUGACAAGCACGACGGCCGCCAUGAGGGAGAAGCAGAAGAAAAAGAAGGGGAGGACGUGGGCGGAAGCCGCGAAGACGGUCCUGGAGAAAUACCCCAACACGCCCAUGAGCCAUAAAGAAAUCCUGCAGGUGAUCCAAAGAGAACGACUUAAGGAAAUAAGCGGAACGUCGCCGUUGGCAUGCCUGAACGCAAUGUUGCACACAAACUCCCGUGGGGAGGAGGGGAUGUUCUACAAGGUUCCGGGCAGGAUGGGCGUGUACACGUUAAAGAAGGACAUCUCCGAUGUGGCAAAGGAGCUGACUGAGGAGGGGUCUGACGACAGCAGUGACAACCUCUCCGACUCCCGAAGCACGGAAAACAGCAACAACAGCGCUUAUCGGGAAGGCCAGAGAAGAAAGUGGAUGCGAGGAGUUCCCUCCAAGCUGCAGUCUCAGCCGCCGUCGUCGCCUCCCCAGCCUCGGUGCUCGUCGCCUUCCGUGCCCGCUGCCAAGCUCAUCUCACCCUCGCAGAAGCACAGCAAGAAAGCGCUCAAACAGGCCUUGAAGCAACAGCAACAGAGGAACCAGCGCAGACAGGGGGUGAUGCCAACCACCUCCAGUUCCAGACUGCUUCUGAAGACUAUCAAAGAUAUGGCUGACAAUAUCACUGCCAAAACUGAUCUUUGCCUGCCUGUCGUACCAAGGAAAGCUUCCCAGAGGUCAAGUCGUCUCAGUGCAGGGCACCUGAAACGCAACAAGUGUAAAAUAGACGUCGAGACGCCGGACUCCAUUUUGGUCAACACCAACCUGCGGGCGAUCAUCAACAAGCACACCUUCUCCGUCCUGCCGCCAGACUGCCAGCAGAAGCUGCUGCGACUUCUCCCUGAAGUUGACCAGCAGGCCUGCGUGGACGGCCUACUCAAGGUGACCAGCUCUGCCUUAAACAACGAGUUCUUCACGUCAGCAGCGCAGGCGUGGAAGGAACGGCUGGCGGAGGGUGAAUUCACUCCUGAGCUGCAGCUGCGAAUGCGCCAGGAGAUUGAGAAGGAAAAGAAGGUCGAGCACUGGAAGGAGGCCUUCUUUGAAAGCUACUAUGGUGAAAAUUCUGGACUAAGCUUUGAGGAAUCCAAAGAGCUGACCAAGGUGGAUCUGAAAUGGGAGACGGAGCCAGUGGUGGCCGUUAAAGCUUCGGAGGAAAUGAAAGCCGCUAAGAACCGCAACCGGACUGACGGUGUGCCGCCAAAAUCAACGCCGGCGCCAGCACAGACGCAGUUACCGAAACCGUCCCUCCCCAUCCUGGAGCCCAUGAAGACCAGGCGCUCCCAGUACACCGAGGAUCGCAAGAUGCAUGCGGCUCUUCAGUCUGCUCCAACCUACGCAUCGCCACCCCCGGUGCCCGAGAAGCAGAAUGAACACGUCCCCGCGGCGACACGGACUGAGCAGAGCCAGAAAGACAAUAAACCAGACCUCCCUCGGUCUCCUGCCAGGACGAGCCCGCUGCUGGAGGUGAAAGAGAAUGAGCCGGGGUCUGCGGUUAAGCCUCCUGAGGAGAUGAAGCCCGAGCCUGAUGGGACCCCCGAGGAGCAAAAAAGAAAGUCUCCUGGUGUGAGGGAGGACGAGGUGAUGCCAGAGAAAAGACCACGCUUGUCCUCAGUUUCCUCGGUGGCGUCUUCUGUUUCCUCAGUGUCUCCCCCGGUGUCGUCCAUUCCGAGCCCCGCUACGCCCACGUCUACUGGCAAGCCUAGAGUUCCACCACUCAAGAUCCCUGUGUCAAGAAUCCUUCCCGUCCCCGUGUCGCCCAGCCACGGGGAACCGAGGACCCCUCUGCCCUCGCCAGCUCGUACAGGUGCUCGCACUUUGGCCGACAUCAAGGCCAAAGCUCAGCUGGCGCGGGCACAGCGAGCAGCAGCUGCCGCCGCCUCCAAAGAACCCAUUCCUCUGCCGUCCCCGAGUCUCAGUCCAACAUCUCCACAAGCCUCAGCCCGUUUAGCGGCUCCUUCUUGCCCACAAGAUCCAUUUGGGCCACUCAGUCCAAGUCCCUGGAAACAAGACAGUAGUUGUGUUAGCACAGCCAGCGUUCAACCUCAGAAGCCAGCACCAUCUGUCCAUUCAACCAAGUGUCAGGACAACCUUUCUGGAUCAAUCCGGACCACCUCGUGUAUCCCUGCUAACAACCCACUGGUCACCAGGCUCCUGCAGGGAAAAGAGGUCCCCUUGGAGCAGAUCCUCCCAAAACCCCUCACCAAGAUGGACGUGAAGAUGGCCAACAUUCACGCUAGUAAGAUGAAGAUGUCUUAUUCAGGCGUUGAUGGUAGAGGUCCUGAGCACCAGCAGCACGGCACCCAAAGCUUCUCCCUCUCUGACCACCCCAGACACCACAGGGAACCUCCCGACAAGGACACUCAGGAGCAGAUUCUACAGACGCUCAUGGAGAGGAAAGUCCAGCAGAGACAAGCUCCCCAGUCGCUGCACUGCAAAGCCCAUCAAGCCACGCACGGGGAGGAGCACCUGAACCGACCCUGGAUUUCUGUGGGCUUCCUGGCUCGUAAGAGGACUCCCAGGCCCGCCAUGUCGGGACACUACCUCCUCAAUGUGUCCACGUACGGCCGGGGGUCGGAGAGCAAACGGUGUCACCAGUCUGUCAUCCCAAAUGUGUGCGCUGUGAAAAGGGAAAGCGCGGACGGCGAGGCUCAAGAGGAGACGUUGCAGCAGGGAGUGUCUGGAACCAAGAGUGAGGACGCGGAGGGCAUCCUGCUUCGCUCCGACAUCAAAACCGAGCCAGGAUUGGAGGAUAGCGCAACCGGUACUGAGAGCAACAGCUCCUACAACCGCAAGCAACUCGAACUCUGCAGUAGCAAUCGAGGGAGAUCGGAGCCAUAUCUGCUCCUAAAGGACGCUGGUCACCUGCGCCAGAAGAAGUCCGUCCAUCAGGAACCUGCGGCGCCGCAUUAUGGCGGAACUAUCAGCAUGUCCAUACCUCACGCUUUGAACCACAGCUCCCUGGGGGCCGCUGCCUCUUCCGCGCCCUCCUCGUCAGACGCCGGUAGUGUCAUGUCUUUCUCCGUGACGGUCACCACCAUACCCGCCGGGAACUCCUUGGACCACGCCGUCCAGAGCCAGACGUCCCACGAGCCGGCCUUCAUGGAGGGUGCCGAUAUGGAGGACAGCAUGCAGUCCAAGUGCUACUGCAGGCUGAAGGCCAUGAUCAUGUGCAAAGGAUGCGGAGCCUUCUGCCACCAUGACUGCAUCGGCCCCUCGGAACUCUGCGUCUCCUGUCUGGUGGUACGAUGACGCGUCUUCUGAAGACGCCAAGCGGGUCUUUUGCAGGUAGUCGCCUUCCGAAUCGUUGCACCUUAGCGACGCCACAGCGCGCCGACAGAUCUACACUGGAUGCUCUUUUGCUCCAACACGGUUUUGUCCGUAGAAAUGUGUUUUUACUCCAAUCCGUAGUCUGCCGGAUCAAAUAUGGCAGGGUUUGCACUCGCUAGGAUUAGCGUGAUAUAUUUUUUUUAAAGAUAUAUUUGUGUAGUUUUUAACAAGGAGGGGAAAACGAAUGUGGCUAUUUUUGUAGAAGCUAAAGACUGUUGUGUUUUAGACUAUCAGUCAAAUUUGACUAUCAGGCCUAAUAAUCCACACAAAAAAGGGGCACUGAUGAUAAUCAUAGUUUGGGAAAAAAAAAAUAUAUAUAUAUAUAUAUAUAUAUAUAUAUAUUUAUAUAUUUAUAUAUUUAUAUUUAUAUAUAUAUAAAUAAAUAUAAAUAUAUAUAUAUAUUAUAUAUAUUUGGCAUUUAUGCACGCAUAGCAGGGAAGAAGUGCACAUACUUUGUAUUUAUAGUCCAAACGUCUCGAAAAAUCAUGUAUAGUUUUAGAGAGAUUUGAAAAGGAAUUUUCUAAGGUAUACUUUAUAUAUACAAAAUAAUCAGGGUUGCACAUUCGAUCAUUUUGUGACAAAUGAGAAGGUAUUUUCCGCACAUCAAACAGGGAAUCAUUUCUAUAUAUCUAAAGAUAAAAAAGCAAAGCUCAUUUUUGUGUCGUUUCCUGCUGCUUUGUCGAUAUUAUUCCACCAUUAGACCACCUUCACACCAAUAUGGAUGUUUGAAAAACACAUACUUUUCUAUGCCACUCGUCCAUGCGCACGGAGAUUUGUUCAAAAGCACGUAGAACAGAACGUGACGUUCUCGACUUACUGGGCACACAUGCGCCUUUUUAUACGCAGAGGCUAUUUAAAAAGACCAUUCAUGAUGUUUCCUGGGCUCCAUGUAAGUGUGUGCUGACUUGAAAGCUACACGUGCUAUAUCACGACACCAGGGGUGUCCAAAGUGCCGUCCAGAAGCCAUUUACGGCCUGCGGCUGGUUUUUAAAUGGCCCGGCCCGAGGCACAUUCGAAAAAUAUAAUUGAACUAAGUAAAGUACUGAAGUAAUUUUACAAUAAUAACAUCAUACUGUUAUGAGAAAUAGUAACAGCUAUCACUUUAGUAGCAUUAAGUUGAAAUAUUAAAGAAAAAAUCUGUUUUUUGAAGGUCGUAAUGUUAUGAGAAACCAACUAAACAAAAUGAACUUGUAAUUUUUGGAAAUGUAGUUUGGAGAAAAAGUGCAAAUAUUGUGGGAAUAAAGCUGGAAUUAUGAGAAGAAAAUGGACAAGAAAGCUGAAAUAGCUGGAAAUAAAAAAAAAAACAGCUGUAAGAAUAAAGUCAAAUAUGGGAAUGAAGUCAAAAUAUGAAGAGAAAAAAACUUUAGUCUAACAAGAAAAAGUUGCAAUUUUAUGAGAAUAAACUUUAAUUUAAUUUUAAUAUAAAAAAAUAAGAAAAAUAAUGUCAUUUUAGAAGCAUAGAGAUGAACUAUUAAAGAAAAAAUGUUUUAUUUUUUUUUAAGUCAUAAUUUGAGAAACUAACAAAACAAAAUAAAGUUGUAAUUUUUGGAAAGUUAGAUUGGGGGGGAAAGAAAAUUUACAAGAGGAAAAUUGAAAUAGUUGGAUCCUUUUUUUUUUUUUAAUGGAAAAACAUGUCAUUUUAAGAGAAUAAAGUUCAAAUAUAAAGAGAACAAAUGUGUAUUCCAAUCAGAAAAGAGUUACAAUUUUAAUUUAAUUUAAUUUUAAAAAAAAAAAGUUUAUUUAUUUAUUUAUUUUAAGUCAUAGUAGUAGUAUGCGAAACCAACAAAACAAAAUAAAGUUGUAAUUUUUGGAAAUUAAUGUUGGGUGAAAGUUAUCAUAUUAUGGGAAUAAAAUCAAAAUAUUAUAGAAAUAAAGUCACGAGAAGAAAAAUUACAAGAGGAAAGUUGAGGUAUUUGGAAAAUUAAAAAAAACUGCAGAAAUGGAAAAAGCAGCUGUAAUUUUACAAGAAUACAGUGAAAAUAUGAAGACAAAAAAGACGUAUUCUAAUGAGACAAAAGUGACAGAAUACAUUUUACAAGAAAUAAACCAGAAAAAUAAAGUCAUUUUAGUAGCAUAGAGUUGAAAUAUUAAAGAAUUGUUUGUUCUUGGUUUUUUUGUCAUAAUUUGAGAAACUAACAAAACAAAAUAAAGUUGUAUUUUUUGGAAUUAGAUGGGGGGGGGGAGUUAAUAUUAUGGGAAUGAAGCUGAAAUGAUGAGAAGAAAGUUUACAAGAAGAAAAUAGAAAUAGUUUGGGGAAAAAAUGGAAAGAUCUGUAAUUUUAGGGGAGACGGCAAUAAAGUUGAUUUCUGCUUUUUCAGCUCCACGACAAAGCUGAGACGCACUUUUUUCUUGAAAUACACAUCGCUUCUUAGCAUAUUUGACAAAAGAUCCAAGUGGCAAAGUUGCAUCCUUUCAUUUUUCAGUCCGUGGCCCUCGCUGUAGGAGAAGGUUUGGACACCCCCGCCUUACAUGGACACGCAGAUGCGUCAUCAUGUGCCACCGAGUCGACCGCGUUUGCUUUGUGGGGUUUGUGAUGCGCACAACGGUCGGUGAAUGUGUUUUUAACACCGGGUGGGGGAGAAACGUGCGCUUUUUCAAAGUAUCCGUGUCUGCGUGGUUUCUCACGUUCGUGUGCAAAAAAAAAUAUAUUGAAUUUUUGUUCUGUAAAGAAGAGUUUAUUUGCAGAAAAAAUUGGUGGCUAUUUAUUGCAAAACAAACAAGUCAAAGCGCAAACGCUUUCGCAUAAAAUGCUAAGUCGCGAUGAUGACGACGAUUGGCCCCAGCAUUCUCCCCCCUCCCGUGCAACCAAAUGAUUUACAACUUUUUAAUAUUUCCUGCAGGUGCAAUAGAAUUUCUUUCCAAAUACCAAAGUCACCUUAAUUAAAAUAAAAAAAUAAUCUCAUUUUAAAAUGUCUUACUAAUGAAUCAAAGUAAUAUAUUUUCAUUAAUAUAUUUUAAUAAAAAAACAUAUUUUCUUUUUAAAAACUCAACAGGGUAUUGGCUCUUUUUGUUAUGAAUGAACAUAUUGGCCUCGUGUUUUUUUGUUUGUUUGGACCAGACAGGCCACCGUAGAGCUUUUAUUGUCUUAUGCACCCAGGACGCACACAUGACAUUUGCCUUUGUUGCAUAAAAUGUCUAAAAUUGUCUGACGUGAGCGGAUUAUUCCGCGUCCACGUCAAAAAAGUGGGAAGUAUGGAAGUGCUUUAUACGUUUCGGAUAGCGAGCGGCGCACACGUUACAGCUACUAUUCACCCUCGGGAAUAAAUCCAUUUAGAAAUCCUUCUGUGUUGCUGCUGAAUGUUUUGGUGCUGUGUGUCUGUCACGAUAGCACUCCGGGCGGCACAAUCGUUGUUGGGAGUUAUUUGUGGUAGGACGAGCGUCGGAAAACAAUCGCCAACAUCCGAAAGACGGCAGGUGAGGUUGUUUUUGGCGGGUGAAUGUGACGUCAUUGUCCGCACUUGUAAAGAAAGUGUAUUUUAUCACAAGGCUACAGACUUUUAUGAAUAAAUCAUAUAAAAGCA